UUGUUUUUUUUUUACAACACCAAAAGUCCAAAACUACGUCGUUUUGGUUUUUGUGAAUUAAAACUCCUAUAGGUUCACGAGCUGAAGUCAUUUUUGGUUUCCUUCAGCCUUCUCCAUCAAAACUCCGUCUCCUUCCUUCUCAAAUCCCAAUUUCCAAAGCAGCAAUUUGAUAAAAUGAUCAAGAGCCCAUUGGUUUUCUCAAGGAUUUCGCUGUAAAGGAGGCUGUUUGCAGAAUUGGAGAAAGAAAUUUUCUUACUUUCAGAGCUGUAGUUCGAUUUGAAAAGUUAAAGGUUUAUUUUGAAAAUUCUUAGCAUUCAAUACUUUUUUCAGUAAGAGUGGUGUUGACAGGUGCAUCUAAGGAUUAACCCCAAAAGACAAUUCUUCUUUUAAUAUGCUUAUCUUUGUUUAACUUAUGAGGUGAGGCUUGGAAGUGGAAUUACAUCUGGAAGGUGGUUCAUAUUUAGGAGGCUUGGAUGCUGUGAGUGCUUCGGCGUUCCCGGGACACUAGUCCUUUCUCUCGUAACAUUCCUUGAGAGAAAUUUGAGGAGCUGGGCUGCUGGAGUUGGUCUCCAAUGGGUCCUCGACUGUGCCAAGUCUGCAACGAAGCUCAAUCCAAGUACAAGUGUCCCUCAUGCCGUGCACCUUAUUGUUCUGUUCCCUGUUUCAAAAAACACAAAGAAACCCCAUGCGUUUUGCCAGAGGAGAAACCAGAAAGCGCAUCUGUUUUGCCAGUGCCAUCUGAGGAAAAACCAACUGCUGCUCCAGAAUCAGUGGUCGAAAGGCCAAUAACUGUUACUGAAGCAAGUGCCGUGCUGGAAAGGCAGCAACUAGAGGCUAUAGACCCUCUUGUUUUUGCUAUUGCAGCUUCUUCCAGUGAAAUUUGCGAUGCUUUGAAAGAUGAAAGUCUUCAAAGACUCAUUGAGAGUAUAGAUUGUUCUCCAGAUGCAGAGAAUGAACUUGAUAAAGCUAUGGAUGUGGAGAUGUUUCGAAUAUUUACUGACAAGAUCCUAUCUACCAUCAACCCAUAACUACAGGCUGUCAUAGGCGAGAGCAAGUUUUGAGAGGGACUUGAGACCCAAUUUUGAAGCUCUCCACUAUCCACAAACACUAGCGUAAUUGCAUAAAAUUCUAGAGUGGGUCCUGGUCUUGUAUUUUUUGCAUCGUCCAUCUGUUUCUGAAGAAUAAGAAUAGGGUCUUCAGGCUUGAUGGAUAUUGCAAGGUAUAAUGUGUAACAUCUUCGCUGUGAGGCAUCAUACAAAAAUGCUUAAGAAUCUGCUUCUCUUGUUUGCAAAAAUGAUACAUUACAAACAAUACAAACGAGAUUGGCUUCAAUUGCUUGUAAGAUUAUUAGUGUCGUUUUGUGCUGUAUGUAAUUUCACCUACUCUUCUAAUCCUGGAUAACCGACCAGGAGUACUUUUUCAUUC